GCGGACCUCAGCUUGUUGUGAGUCACUGUGUUCAGAGGUUUGCUGCUCAGUUUCUGGACUCCUUCACCAGUCUCUUCCCACAAGCUUAUUGCAGGAUGCAUGCGCAGCUCAUAUGAGACUACGACCAAGCAGGUUGCAGGACGUGUAUGUGGUUCAUAUGACCAAUGAGGUAACCACUUCCUGUUUCAGCAGUAAUCAACGUCUGUGCAUUUUCAACUAUUUCUGCUUGUAAUCUCAGCACUUUCCCGGCACCCACAAUGAGCUUGAAAGAUCCCUCGGGGUUCAACAAACAUUUUAUUGUUCCUUCCAGUAAUGAUUUCACUUGGAAACUGAAGACUAUUCUUAUCACCAACGGGAAAGAGGCUGAAUCUGUGAAAUGAGGUUACGAAUGUUCUACAGCAAAGUCCCCAGAGGUUUGACAUUCAGUCUCCUUGGUUUUCUACUUCCAUCCGUUACCACAGGAAGAAGCCCAGAUCAUAUUUACUUUUCAAAUUCUGUUGCUGAAAUUGUACUUGGAGGACCAGUCAAUCCUGAAAAUGGUGAAUAUGUGUUGAGAUGGAAACCACACUCAGGGCAACGUAGCCAGAAACUGCUGACUUUCUCAAAGGGGCAAUGGAACUCGUGGAAAGCUGUAUGGAAUGAUCCCUUAGAAAACAAUAACCUCUACCAAGCGAUACGACAGGUUCGUGGUACCAUCAGCACAAAAAUAAUAAAUCCCACAUUCAGCUUGGCGGGAUUAUACACCCUGAUUCAACUGCGACCAAAGAAGCAAAUCCUGAAACGAUAUAAUGUAAUUGGGCUCAAAGUUGAGGCAAGUCCACAGCAGGCUGCGGUGGGCAGUGAUGUCACACUCAGCUGUACCAUCUCCAGACUCCCAGAUACAGUCAGUCUUCACUGGGAACCAAUGGGCUCAUCCCAGCAGAACAGGAGGAACACUGAUCAGAUCCGCCUGAAUAACACGGUCUAUCUGAUGGUCCGACACGUUACAGUGGAGGAUGGGAAGUUGUAUGUGUGUCAAGUGCGGGAAAACGGAGACAUUGUUCUCACAAGCAAAGCAGAGUUUCCUGUGGCCGAUGAAUUAUAUCUAAGCCAUAAAACCAUGUAUCGUUCGGGCACAGAUCACAGUGAACUCCACCUGAACUGUUACUUGAGACGUGAUUACUCCUUCAACUAUGCUGAAUGGACCUGGAGUUCACAUCUUCAUCAAAUUCAGGACAAAGAAAUAGCAACUGCAUUAAGAUCUUCAUCAGUCAGUGUCGACACAACUAAUUUCAGAAAUCGGAUGGAGACUACAAGGCUCAAAUUUAAUGGCUAUGAACUCAGUGCAAGGAUUGUCCCUGUGCUGUUUGAAGAUGCGGGAGAUUACAAGUGUUACAUGGAUUCAAAUUACAUUUUGGCCAUUAAACUAAUCACAGUGAAAGUCACAGCUGAACCAUCUGAUGCAGCGAUUGAGGGAGACACCAUUAACCUGACCUGCUCCGUGUCUGAGGUCGUUGCAUCAAUGAGACUGGUUUGGAUCAAUGCUGGUAAAACUGUUGGAGAAAAGAUGCUGAAAGGCGACGAGAAAUCCAUGAGUCUGAUUAUUCAAAAAGCUGACAAAGACAGAUGGAAUUGGAAGUGUGGUUUGUUUUAUCAAAACAGGCCCCAGCUUUUAGUCCCGUACUAUCUGGGCCCUAGUGGAAGCAAGAAUUAUAUUUACUUUUUCCAUGACGAAGGGAACAUUUUACUGAAGGGGCUGGACAAUCCUGGAAAUGGCCCCAUUGUCUGGGAAUGGAAGCCACACUCAGGGCAACAAACCACAAAGCAAUUGGCCACUUUUCACAGAGAAGAUCAGCAGUGGGCCGUACAAUGGAGUGACGAGUAUAACAAAAUACCUGGCAUCUCCCAGAGGAUGAGUGCGGACUGGGGUACCCUUAAUCUGAGAGUCAGGAAUCCCACCUUUGAACUUGCGGGACUGUUCACCUGGACCCAGACGCAGCCCAGUGGGAAAAUCCUGAGACGGUGGGAAAUAUUUGGGAUCAAAGUUGAGGCAGACUCUCAGAGACCCGUGGUGGGCAGUGACAUAACCCUCGGCUGCACCAUCUCCAGACUCCCAGAUACUGUCAGUCUUCACUGGAAACCAAGAGAAUCAUCUCAGCAGAACAGGAGCAACAACACCGAUCAGAUCUACCUGAAUAACACCAUCUAUCUGAUGGUCCGACACAUUGGAGCAGGAAAUCCCAAUCUGUACACAUGGGAAGUGCAGGAAAAGGACUCCAUUGUCCUCACUGGAGACAAAAGUGUUGAAGUGGAUCAGGAUUUACACACAAAGAUGUACACAGUUUAUCGGUCAGAUACAAAUCACAGUGAACUCGACCUGAUUUGUGAAGCUUUUUCUUCAUUCACUAAAACCAAAUGGACUUGGAGGUCACAACAUUUCCAGAAUCAAGAGGAGGAGAUAGCUUCUGCUUGCAUAUCCAAACCUAUCAAUGUCAACAGGAGCUAUUUUGGGAAUCGACUGAGAACCACAGUGGGAAAUCUGAAUGGCAAGAAUUUCAGUGUGAGGAUUGUCCCCGUGUGGUUUGACGAUGCCGGAGUUUACACGUGUUCUACGGGAUCGUAUAAACAUGUGACCAUUGAACUAAUCACAGUUAAAGUCACAGCUGAGCCAUCUGAUGUAGUGACUGAGGGAGACACCGUCACCCUGACCUGCUCUGUGUCUGACGUCACUGGACCAAUGAGACUGGUUUGGAUCAAUGGUGAUGACAAAACUGUGGAAGCGGAAACAUUUAUGGAGCAAAGGCAGGAAGAGAAAUCUUUACAGCUGAUUAUUCCGAAAGCUGAUGGAGAAAGAAGGAAGUGGAAAUGUGGUUUGUUUCAUCAAAACACACCCAAGAUUUUAAUUCCGUAUUGUCUGAAGGUGAAAAAGGAUUACAAAUUUAAACACACCACUGUUGUAAUUAUCGGGAGUCUGGCUCUUCUCCUCAUCAUUAUUCUGGUAAUGGUGUUGUGUUUAAGAAAGUGUAAGCUUACAGGUUUGGGAAAGCAGAAGCAAUCAGAGGGAAACGUACAAGAUGAAUCUCACCUUUAUUCAAGUACCAAUGAAAUCCAUCAUCAAGGAGGUAAUGAGAAACAAAUACCUGAGACCAGUCAUAAUGCUGAAUAUAUGUCUGUAAGCAGGAAGUCAAAGAAUAGAGGUGCUAACAAGACACCAGACCCUAACAAGACACCAGACCCUGAGACAAGUCAUUUUGCCGAAUAUUCAACUGUCAAUUGGGAGCCAAGACAAGAAGACACACAGGAGGAUAUUCAUUAUGGAUCCAUCUCCUUCCAGAGAAAUGCAUCAGGACACAGACAUGGUACAUCAUCUGCUAACCAGCCUUCAAAUAUUAACCUGGUCUCUUCAAAGGAAGAUGAUUCAUCUGUCAUCUACGCACAAAUAGCACAAACAGAAAUUUGAAUAAUCUGCAGAGAAUAGAAAAGAUGGAAUUGGAUAUGUGGAAUGAAGCAACUUUGAAUUGAAAUCUUAACUUUAGAACUGUUGUGUAGCUUGCAUCCUUUGUACUUGUCCUGGAUUAACAUCAUCAUUACAUAAGGCUUUUUAAGUACCAAUAUAACUUUUGAAUAAUGGGUUAGAAGUAGGAAUCAGUUCUCUUAAUAUAGUUCCAAUACUACUACUUGGCUUCUGCAGAUGUCAUGUAAAAUGGAAGCAGAUAUAUUGUGUAGAAAAAAAUGAACAUUUUAGCUAACUUUGCUGCCAAUUCAGCUAGCAUCUGAGAAUUGCAAUAUCUAAUAAUAAUGAUUGUAAGUAAAGCACAGAAGUCCAGCUGAGGUGAGGGAGCCCUUGAAGCACUCCAUUUGCUACAUUUUGUGCAUCUGUUCUUUGAAGUAGAUUAAAGACCUUAAGACUCAUCUCAGAGGCCUUCAGCUUCUGAACAAGAUGUUUUUGCUGAGGGGAGUUGUCACAACAUGCAACCUGAUCAGUUGCCUUUUAAAAUGCUUUUGCAUCCUUAUGACAUAGUUGGGUCUUUGUUGAAGAAAAUAGAAGUUAAGGGGAAAGCCUAAGGCACUUGUAUGGGAACAGGACCAGAAAGUUUAAGAAUCUAUUUUAAUUGUGUCAUCCAAUUCCUGCUGAACUGAUGCAGGGUUUCAACCCAAAAUGUCGACAAUUUCUUCCCCCCCCCCCCCCACCCCCCCACAGAUGCUGCUCGACCUGCUGAGUUCCUCCACUAGAUUGUUUCUUGGCUUAGAAUCACCCUUUAUUUUCCAUGGGUGCAUCUUGAUAACAUUGUUUAUUUUUGUCUAAAUUUGGAGCAUUUCCUGAUAAUUGAAACUUGGUGUCAUCCUAUAUCAUUUCUUCAGCAUUAAAUAUGAAGCAGUGAAAUAGUGGCUUCAGUGGUUCACAGGUCGAGCAUGUUUAUGUGAAAGACUUCAAAAGGAGAACCCAUUCCUCUAAAGCCCCCUCAUAUAUUUUGGCAGCCCUGAUGGUCAGGAAAGUGCCUGUUGAGGUAUAAGGAAAGAGAGCAGAAAAAUCGUACUUUGUGUCUUCAAACAGCAAACAAAAGGGGUGAAAUUGAAUGGGAUCAAGAACACAAAACUGGCCCAAUCGCAUUUGUCAUUCAUUACCCAACAUGCCUGAUACCUAGUUACAUUCAGGCAGCAUUUCAUUUAUUUUUGCUGAAUUGUGUCAAGAGAGACUGUAAAUGUGCAGCAUUGCAGAAUAUCUUAAAAACAAUCUAUUGGUAAUUGAAAAAGUUAGCACUAAACAUAAGACUUUUUAACAGAUACAAUGGGAUUGUUCAGAGGUUGUUCAAAUAGUGCUUCUGAUAAGACAGAUGCCUAUGACUGUAAUUGGAAAGAUAUUUUACUUUAGUUCCAACUUCCAAGUGCAACACUGCCCAGGAGGUGAAAGAAAUUAUUCCUAUCUUUUAACAUAUAGUCAAAAAUUAUACAUGCAUUCAAAUAGGACUGAUUCCCUUCUGCAAGUUAGACAGCCGGGUUACUGUGGGACAAAGUUUAAUAAGCUGACCAGGUUGAAAAUGCCUUUGACUCCAAUAACCAGAAGGAACCGUGGAGCACUUUCUUCAAGUAUGGCUGUGUACAGAAACAUGUCUAUUUUAUAUUUGUUUCAUGAGUGGCUUAUAAACCAUGAUACUAACCAAUAGGUCUAUUACCUCAUUUUCCUGACACGGAUUUAACUUGCACCUUACAUUCAACAGACUUCCCUGGGAUUGGAGCUCAUUAGAAUUUAUGGGAUACUAUAUAAUCUAAAGUGUCUAUACUCCUGAAUAAGGUAGCCUGAACCUGACUAGUUGAGUGGCUGUAUGUAGAUGACAUUUGCAUUUGUAUGCACUCGGAGGCUUUGGUUCAAGCAUUGUUGACUCAUUCACUGAGGUACAAGACAGGCCUUAUGAUUAAUAUUUCCAAGACAACGGUCCUCUACUAGCCUCUCCACUCUGCACAACACCCUGAAAAACAUGGACCACUUUUCCAGUCUCAGGAGCCACAUCUUAGCAGAGGCAGAAAUCAUUCACCGUCACUUUCAAUGAGUCAGCACAACCUUGGAUUAGUUGAGGAAAAGGGUGUUCGACGAUCAAGAAUUCAUUCCUGGCACAAAACUUGUAGUCUACUAGGUUGCAGUGAACCCACGCCUUCCUCAACAGGCAUCUCAGUGCACUUGAAAGAUACCACCAAUGGUGUUUCCACAAUAUCCCCAAAUUGACAGGAAGAUAAGUAAAUCAACAUCAGUCUCUUCUCUCAGGCCACCAUCCCAAGCACUGGGGUCCCACUUUGAAAGGACGGAGGAUCUGCAUAUUGAACUCAUCUUGACCUUUGAUAUCCCAAAGGGAGGGUUAAUGUUAGCUCAAAGCCAACAUUAACCCUUUCUUCACAGAUAGUGCAAGUGGAUCUUGAAUGUCUAUUUGAUAAGGCAGAGGGGAUUUCAGUUUAUUGUUUCAUCCAAAAGAUGAAUUUCCAAAGGCAUAGUCUGAAUAAGGAUUGGUACAAGUUUACAUUUCAAUUUCCUUCAAAUAAACCAUGGCCUUUGGCUUGUUUUAAUUAUAGCUUAUGUAACACAUGUCACUUGCUUUAAUGAUUUGUGUUUUUCUACUGUAACAUCCCUUUGCUCCUUGACCCCAUUUAGAGUCUUCUUUCCUUAUUUAUCUUCCCAGAACCAUAUGAUACCUGUUGAAAUCUGUUGGCCACUUAUAUAAAAUGGAAAGAUCUUUUCUUUUCUACAGCUCUGUAGAAACUGUCAAAUGUUUAUUAUCCCAGUUCCAGUCACCGAACAGUGACUGCACUUUUUGCCUUUUGGACUGUGAAAGAAUACAGCACAGUUCAUUUUCUCUUAAACUACAAAGUCUUGUGUCACAGCUUCUGAUGCAAGUUUUAGCUUUGAAAAACAAUUAUGUUCUAUAAAAUUGCACUUAGGAGCAGGUGCACUUUCAUAAAAAAGCUUAUGACCAAUAGAACUGAACCAUGAUUAAAUGUAAAAUCUUGAGUAUUUGGAUUUAAUGCAUCAUGUGCAUGCUAUGGCUUUGAAUCAUUUCAGAAAUCACCGCUAACUGUCCUUGGAAGUGGUGAAGAAAGUUACUUCAUUAAGGAAACCAGGGAUGAACAAAAUAGCGGACUUGCCAGCAAUUCUCCCACCUGGGAAUGAAUAAUAAUGAAAAUGGCCACAGCACAAGGGUAUUGUUGUGGAUGGACAUCUGGUUUCACUGUGCGCCCAUUCCAAAGAGCAGGUGGAAAUGGGGAUAGAUAGUGUUUAUAAUAAUCAUUUUAUCUAGCACCUUUGAUCUUACAAAACAUACCAAGAUGAUUCAAACAAAAAUUGACAAGGUGAAAGGCCUAUCAGCUGAGACGAUAACUAUGUCUCUUUCUCUACAGAAGCAGCCUGUCCUGCUGUGUAUUUCCAAUAUUUUCUGUUUUCAUUGCAAAAAUAGGAAUAGCUUAGUGUACUGGAAAGCUGUGAACUGACCAGACAAGACAUCCCUUUUGCUAUUUAGACAAAGUCUUGGAGUGUUUCUCCACUGGAAGAAAGGGGAAGUUUCUUUGUUCAUGUUAUUUCUCUCAAACAGCCCUCAUUAGCACAUCAACCAUGACUACUUCAUCAACAGCUUAUCUACAUGGCAACCUGACCUCAUCCAAUCAGAGGUAUUCCUUUUUCCCUUCCAGCCUUCCCCCACAUUCUCUCCAACUUAAAAUAAAUGUUUCUCUCUUUCCUAUCUCUGAUGAAGGGUUUUCAACCUGAAACGUUGCAUGUUUCUUUUCUCACAGGUGCUGCCUGACCUGCUGAGUGUUUCCAGCAUUUUCCCUUUUUAUUCAAAUAAAAAUGUAGCCAUUGUGUCUCCCUA